AUGCAGCGAAUUCUCAGUCGCACCACAAGCUCCCGGCACAUAACCCGGGGCUCGCUGAUGCAGUUCAGACCUGGCUGCGUAAACAGUCAAUCCAUUUCGAGUGUCGCAUCAGCUGUACCUCAUCUGGUGGCACCUAAUCUUGCAUCAGCUCAGCACCUUUCGCACGUCCGCAAUGCUUCUGAGAUUCUUCAAAACCAUGGGAUUUUGAAGAUUAGCCUGCGAUUUGAGGAUCGAGAUUGCCAAUAUCUCGAGUCCUUGAUACUCAACUUCCACAAACACCACGGUCAUGGGCUACCUAUAUCACACAGUGCCACGCGUGGUUGGUUUUGGGAUGUCCGUCCUAGCACUGCCAACUUCCAGACUAAAAACUAUCGCGCUCGAUCGGAGACCAUGGAAGACUUCCCAUGGCACACAGAUUGCAGCUACGAAAACCCCACGCCACGAUUCUUCGCUCUUCAAGUCCUACAGCCCGACCGCUGCGGCGGAGGCACACUCUCUGUCUUGAAUGUGGAACAGUUGAGCCAUUUCCUUUCGCAGAGCACUCUUGUCGCCCUAUUCCAGCCAGAAUAUAGCAUCGCCAUUCCACCCGAGUUCAUCAAAGAUGCCAAUGAACAGAAUAUUGUCGGCAGCAUUUUGGCAGCCGAUGGCAAAAAUAAAUAUACAACCAUGCGGUACCGCAGGGAUAUCAUUACCCCCAUGAGCGUUCGCGCUGAAAAGGCGCUAUAUGAGCUGGAACGCACUUUACAGCAGCAUGAAGUGCAGUCGCGAGCUGUUCUACACCUAACUCCCGACGUACUACCCGGUGGCUCCAUCAUCUUGCUUGAUAACCGGCGAUGGUUGCACGCACGGAACGAGAUCCAUGAUCCCGGGAGGCAUCUUCGUCGGGUCAGAUGGAAUUCAGUUCCAUUCCUUAUGGGUGAGAUGUGCGAUGAUCAAGAUCAAUAG